AUGCCGUCGCCAUUGCGGGCGCGCUCGUCGCUACCAGAGCUCGGCAAGGAAAACGUGCCGCCAUUGGUACGCAAAUCACCACGGAAGCAAGAUGGUUUGAAGCGAAAGAAAGCCAAAAGCUUUGGCGGUGGCGCAAGUGGCGGUACCGUGGGGGGUGUGUCGCCCAAGUCCAAGGAGCGUGCGGCGCCAAGAAAAAGCGCCAUUCGUGCAACACCUCAAGUGUUCCAAAGUCCUACCAAUCUCGAGCCCAAUCCUGAACACGAACACAUUCGCAUGCCAGGUCAAGACAUGCAAAACGUUGUCGCGAAAACAGAGCAAGACGGCUUGAAUGACCUUUUGGACGAGCGGCUUCGUUCGCCAGGACUUCCCAACCCCUUUACGGCCUUGUUCCGACCAUCGAGCGCGUCACCCGCCAAAAACGAAGCACACACAAUAUCUGUACCAGCCAAACAGCCUAUGGAGGCCGAUCGAAAGCGCCGUCGCGUCACUUUUAGCGCAUAUCAGGAACAAACGGACUUUGAACAGGAUGAGCCCACGAUGAGCAUUCGUCCUGCGCAGGUACACGACCGCAAUGCGCUUGUUGAGCGUGGAUCGCCGGUACCGAAUGCAUCAUCAUCAUCGCCUACUCAGGCCAUGUCGUCGGCGUCGUCGGAUAUGGACGACAGUGAGGUCUCUAUGAGUCUCGAUUCAGACCAAAGUGGCAUGGAAAUGACAACAACAUGGAACAUGCGUGGAACUCAAGAACAAGAACAGGAACUGGAGCUAUAUGACCAUCAGGAUUUCAAAGACGAGAGUGCGGGCGAAGAGUCAGUGGACAUGGAGCUGACUGGACGAUUUAGUGCGGUAAACGAUAGCACUGCACGGGAUACUAGUAUGUUGCUCAAUACUUCCCACGUAUCAUCGAUCAACAUGUCUACAUCGCCUCGCAAGCCUCAUGCGUCGCCCGAAAAGCACGGCAUCGCACCUCCUCACAAGUCGGUUGUGUCCCCCCUCAAGACUCUCCCAUCCCCCUACAAUCCCUUUAGUAUAUCUCAUCAAUCGAUCCUCUCGGCCAAACAGCCCGACGCAUCUCCAAGCAAGAGCCGCCCCGCUCUCAACGCUCCUCGAGCAUCGUCCCUCAAGUCGCUAUCACCACCGCCUAUCGCGCCUCGCUCACCUCUUAGCAAGACGCGCCCUUCGCUUGGCACUCCUCAGGUCUCAUUCAACAAGUCUAGUGCCUCGCCCAGAAAGCCGCGCUCAUCCAUGGGUAGUGACACUACGCAAACUAUGGAUCUCACUAUGGCAUUUUCGCCUGCUAGUGAUGCGAGCGAGUCCUCCGACACGACGCUGGAUAGUGACGCAGAGCGCUCGGCGAUGGAAAUGACAGAAAUGUGGGGUCGCUUUGCCGAGGAUGCGACACGGAAACGUGAGGCUGCUGAGGCUGCUGCUGCUACUGUAGCCGCUCCUCCUCCUGUGGUUUCCGUGCCUCGUUCACCAUCACCGACGUCGCCCAAACGCUCUCCUGUGCGUCGACAGACCAUGUUUCUCUCGCCAGAUCGAUCGGCUCGCACGGGCUCAGCUGGCAGUACGCCGAAGGCUGAGAAGCGUGCGGCUUCUAUACCUCCUGCAUGGGAGUCGAUGCCCAGCACACCCAGCACACCAACGAGAUUCCGACAAUCGCUACGCGGAGGCGUUCCUUCUCCAUCGUAUCAGCACUCACCACCGCGCCGUGCGCUUACGACACCCCCGAUCGGCAGUCCUGCGCGCUCUGCAGCGACAGACAGGGACAUGUCUCCCACACCCUUAUCGCCGCCCAUACGCGGUGCCGCACAAUUCCGGAUGUCGGACGCCUAUUCGCAGCAAGCUGCUUGGCCGCGAUCGCCGUUCAUUCAUUCGUUGCUUCGGCAGCGCGGUGGGCGUAUGUCGCAAUCGAACGUGUCGCCGCGUUCAGACGGCGAUCUCACAGAUCGAGACGAGGAGACGUCGUUCCACAUGCAACUGGCGGACUUUCUGAGCGUGAUCGGCCUCAAGUUCCAUGAGGACAUGACCGCAUCACGCACACAUGCAGAGCGACCAAGAGAAGCAGCAGCGGCAGGCGGAACGAUGCAUCCUACAACCGCUUUGCAGUAUGCAAAAAUGGCUGGCGCAGCGGCACCGAUGCUUCAAGCCUUGCGCAAUGCAUGUCAAGAACUAAAGCAGCAUGUGGAAGACGGGCGUGUGCGACUGCAUGCGAUGGAGCAGGACUUUUAUGCCCGACCACCUGCCUUCGUCCAGGAGUGGGGCCAGCUGGAGGACGACGACAUGCGACGGAGUAUGAAAGGCCAGCUAAACGUCCACAAGCAAGCAGCGCGAGCCGCUGCGAUGCACGACUAUUACGGCUGGCGCACAGAUAUGCAGUAUGACGAUGACAUGGUGCUCGCACUGGUACAGCAUCGUGAUGCAUUGCGGGCUGACCAAGAGCGUGUUCUCGGCAAGCGCGCGACGUUGGAGGAUGAGCUUCUUCCAACUUUAAGAGAACGACACGCAGAGCUCAAGCAACGCGUCGACGAGGCUCGCGCACGACAAGAAGCAAUUCGACAAUGCGAUCCAGAAGAGCUCAAGCAGUUGCAUGCAUCCAUUGAUGAACAAGACCAUGUGUUGCAAACGAUGCGUGCAAAACAGCGCGACGUUGCCGAUCAACUAGCUCGCGUGCGAUCGAGAGUUGAUGAGUCCUAUGCCAAGCGCGAACAAACGGAAGAACUCAUUCGUGCUGCACGUGUCGUGAGUGACCAGAUCCAUGGAUGCACGCCAGGGGAGGCCGUUCGUCUUGGCCGACGCAUCCGGCAGCUAGAAACCCUCUUACAAUGGUCGCUGACAAACAAGACCUCAACAUUACUGCAGCUCGUAUUUGCACGCACACUAAACGUGGCUAUUGAGCUCGACGGGCGCCGUGGUGGCCAUAGUGGUACAGUGAAGCGCGUCGCCAUAUCGCCAGCGCGGCCCGUGGAAGCGUCACCUAUGCACAUGGCAGCCAUCUGCGUAAUCCGCUCGCAUUUAGAAGCACACACGCCUGCUUGUGUGCCGGAUGUGCUACGAACGACCGCACGCUCUGGCACGUAUACUUGCAGGCACGCGCUCAGGUCGAUCGAUUGCGCUUGCAUGUGCCUGUCCUAG